GACUUGAACCAUUUUCCCAAUGUUUGGACUUCGGCUCGGUUCUGAAGGAUGGCAAAUUCCGUCCGAACAUCUGGUCCGGUUGACUUGAGCGCUGAAGAACCUUCCUUUAACGACCUGCUACAUUCUCUCUGAGCACUUCCUGUUUUUCAGUGGUUGCCAAGCACAUCCAAGCUAGGCUAGGCUAGGCUAGGCUAGGCUAGGCCAUGCAUUUCGACAUGUAGAAGCAAAGCUCGCUUUUUGUCCUUAAAGGCGAAGCGUUUGCAGAACUUUGAGGUCGUUGAUUGACACAAGCGCCACGGCGUCCCGCCCAAGUCAUGUGAUGUUACUUUUCCAGGAUUCUGAUUGGCCAAACUGUGCAUGCCAGCUGAUGAAUGUGUUUGAAAAGCCUUUUGGAAAAACAUGUUACCCUAAAGUCGAGUGGUUAGCGCGCGUACCUCACAGUUUGGAGACCAGGGUUCAAUUCCACCUUCGGCCAUCUCUGUGUGGAGUUUGCAUGUUCUCCCCGUGCAUGCGUGGGUUUUCUCCGGGUACUCCGGUUUCCUCCCACAUUCCAAAAACAUGCUAGGUUAAUUGGCGACUCCAAAUUGUCCAUAGGUAUGAAUGUGAGUGUGAAUGGUUGUUUGUCUAUAUGUGCCCUGUGAUUGGCUGGCGACCAGUCCAGGGUGUACCCCGCCUCUCGCCCGAAGACAGCUGGGAUAGGCUCCAGCACCCCCGCGACCCUCGUGAGGAAAAAGCGGUAGAAAAUGAAUGAAUGAAUGAAUGCUACCCUAAAGUAAUGUGGUGCUACAAUGUUGUCUACUUCCUGUUACUGCGCUCAGUCCCAAAACAACACGAAGACAAAAAAAAAAAAACUUACAUCCUGUCAGUCUUCUUUGACUUUUUUAAAGGCUUUGAUUUGUGCAAACCAACAAUGAGAUGAUCAAAUGAAAUAAAAAGCCGGCAUCCCCAGUUGGGAUAGGCUCCAGCCCACGCCGACCCCAGCCAGGACAAGUCGUCCCUCAUGUGCAAUCACUUCAAAUAAUCUCCUUGUAGACGUUUGAUUUGUGCAAUUCUUCUUCCAUGACACCAUUGUUCUCCUUUUCUCCUAUUUAUUUUGCUUUGUAGUGACUUUACUCCACUCAUUUUGCCUUGAAACCUAACUAAAGCUAGCUUAGCAGCUUUAAAAACUAAGCUUUUUUUUUAUUUUUCUCAAGCUGCUGCUCCUCUCGUGAAGCUGACGUUGCCAAGUGCUGCGGUACACGAUUGAAACCUUCGAUAUGGAGAGGAAAAAUGCCAAGGUCCUUGUAAAAAGUACAGAGAGGAAGAAGUAUUAGCACCCUUUUUCACGUAACAAAAUAAAGGCGUGCUGUUCUUCUGACAAAGUCCUUGCUGUUCUUGCUGUGCUCUACUUUCACUUGAACUGUUGUAAAGUAACCCAGUACUUCCUUACUGCACUUCAUUGUUUUCUUAUGGACGACCUUUACUUGAGUGUGUUUUCAAAAUAAAACAUACUGUGACACAUGCGCAGUGAGGAUCGGCGUUACUCGUUACUUUUACUUUUUUGUUUGGGCAGCCAAUGUAAGAAGUACUCUGGUGUACAGUUAGAAGUAAAGUCACGUACAGGUAGAAGUAUCAUAGUAAAGUGACACAGUUAGAAAUAGUGAUGUACAGUUACAAGUACUGUGAAACAGCUAGCUAGCAGGAGAUAGCUAACUAUUUAGAAUAUAAAGUCUUGAAAACAACUCCCAACAAUGUUGGAUGACACUGACGUGUACUAACUGGAAAAGAAGUCACAUAUUUCAUUUAUUGAUUUUAUUUUGGUUUCUUUAUGUCAAUUUUAUGUGGACUAAACCAUACCAUUACUACAGCCAUUUUAUACAACACUUGCAUUUUAUUAACACAACUUUAUUGACAAACCAAAGCAGACGUGAUGAUGGAUCGCAGGAUGUGACGUCACGCCAGCCCCAUGCAGUCACAAGUGAGUACCAUGCCUGUCCGGGAAGAUUAGACGUCGGCAACGCCGACCACGUGAACAGUCCACGGGGAGAAAAGAUGCCGGUGUCCGGCAUGCCCCAGCACUCACCUUGUUCACCUAGCAAGCGAAACGGAAGCUAACUGAGCUAAAUGGCUAAUACAGAAAACGGAAACUGAGGCUAACAAAGCUAACGGCUAAUGCAAACAGACGAAACCGAGGCUGACUGGGCUCGUGCAAACCACCGAAACUCGGGCUGGCUAAGCUAACGGCUAAAACAACCUAAACUCGGGCUAGCUAAGCUAACGGCUAAAACAACCGAAAAUUCGGGCUAACUAAGCCAACGGCUAAUGCAGACAGACGAAACGGAGGAUGACUGGGCUCGUGCAAACCACCGAAACUCUGGCUAACUAAGCUAACGGCUAAAACAACUUAAACUCGGGCUAACUAAGCUAACGGCUAAAACAACCGAAAACUCGGGCUAACUAAGCUAACGGCUAAAACAACAUAAACUCGGGAUAACUAAGCUAACGGCGAAAACAACCUAAACUCGAGCUAGCUAAGCUAACGGCUAAAACAACCUAAACUCGGGCUAACUAAGCUAACGGCUAAAACUACCCAAACUCGGGCUAACUAAGCCAACGGCUAAUGCAAACAGACGAAACGGAGGCUGACUGGGCUCGUGCAAACCACCGAAACUCUGGCUAACUAAGCUAACGGCUAAAACAACUUAAACUCUGGCUAACUAAGCUAACGGCUAAAACAACUUAAACUCGGGCUAACUAAGCUAACGGCUAAAACAACCGAAACUCGGGCUAACUAAGCUAACGGCUAAAACAACCUAAACUCGGGCUAGCUAAGCUAACGGCGAAAACAACCUAAACUCGAGCUAGCUAAGCUAACGGCUAAAACAACCUAAACUCGGGCUAACUAAGCUAACGGCUAAAACAACUGGAAACUCGGGCUAACUAAGCUAACGGCUAAAACAACUGGAAACUCGGGCUAGCUAAGCUAACGGCCAAUACAAACAACCUAAACUCGGGCUAGCUAAGCCAACGGCCCAUGCAAACAACCGGCGCCGAGGCUAACUCCGCUAACCGCUAGUACAGACGACGGAAACCGAGGCGGGCCAAGAUAACGGCUGACCCGACAAAGUCAAACGCAUGCCACCUAAGAUAACGGCCGAUCCGACAAAGUCAAACGCGUGCCAAGUAAAGUCUGUCACUGAUAACCAAGAUGAGCGCUAACAACUAAAGGGCGUGUUGAAAGGGAAAAUAAAGACGAAUGCAUUGUUCAUCUUGCAUUGGAAGAAUGUUGGUUAAUAUUCAUCACUGCUACUCAUGCGUUAAUGCUAUUAUAUAUAUGUGACAAGAUGCUAUCAAAAUGAUGAGUACAAAUUUGACUGUCGUUGUGCAGUUAGUGUGGAAUGUACUUGAUGUUAGAUGAUGAGUACUUGAUGGCGACCAAGGUGUGUCUAGAUGUCAACACUGAAGGUUUCAUUGACAUUGACUCUGUUCACUUCCCAUUGUUUUGCUCAUGUGUGAUCUUUUAUCGUGUAGGUGUGAAUAGUACAAUUCCCAAUUUUUUAGUCGCGGGUACUGCAGUCUGAAUGUUGGGUCACGUGCACAUCCCACCUACACGUCAUCUUGACCGUGCAAGACUUGAUGGAAGUUUGGAGCAGGUGAAGUGUUGGCGGAGGUCAGAAGGAAGAAUCCGGUGGUUGACGUGUCUGGCCGCCGCCCCUCCCAGCGUCCUGCUGCUGGAAGCGUUCUACGGAGGUUCUCACAAGCAGCUGACGGACCUGCUGAGCUCUCAGCUGGACUCGUGUUCCGUCUUCACGCUUCCCGCCAAGAAGUGGCACUGGAAGGCCAGAACCUCGGCGCUCUACUUCAGCCAGAACAUCCCCCCCUGCCCCAGUUACAGGGUUCUGUUCUGCAGUUCGGUUCUGAACCUGUGCGAGCUUGCGGCUCUUCGACCUGACCUGGCCGGGCUCAAAAAGGUUCUGUACUUCCACGAGAACCAACUGGUGUACCCGGUCCGCAAAGACCAGGACCGGGACUUCCAGUAUGGAUACAACCAGAUUCUGUCAUGCCUGGUGGCGGACGUGGUGGUCUUUAACUCCGCCUUCAACAUGAACUCCUUCCUGUCCGCAAUCCCGUCCUUCCUGAAGAAGAUCCCGGACCACCGGCCCAAAGACGUGGCCCAGCUGAUUGGGCCCAAAUGUCAGGUGCUUCACUUCCCGCUCCACUUGGCCGACGUCAGCGGGCUGCUGCCCAAACAUAAACUCCUACAUAGCCCCGCCCACCCGCCUGACACAGAUGACAUCAUCAGGCCACAAACAGCCAGAUCUUCACUUCAAUCCAGUCCAGGAAGCCAAGAAGAUUCUCCUGUGAGACCGCUGCACAUCGUUUGGCCGCACAGGUGGGAGCAUGACAAGAAUCCUGAGCUGUUCUUCAGCACCGUGUUGAAGCUCAAGGAUGAAGGUCUCCACUUCCUGCUGUCUGUGCUCGGAGAAACCUUCAGCGAUGUACCAGAAACCUUUACCCAGUCCAGACCUCUGCUGGAGACCCACAUCGUCAACUGGGGCUUCCUGUCCUCCAAAGACCAAUACGUCAACGUCCUCUGUGAGGCCGAUGUGGUCGUCUCCACCGCCGCCCACGAGUUCUUUGGCGUCGCCAUGUUGGAGGCAGUCCACUGCGGAUGUUACCCUCUGUGUCCCAAGGCUUUGGUCUAUCCCGAAAUAUUCCCAGCAGAGUACCUGUACGCCACGCCCCGGCAGCUGCACAGGAAGCUGCGUGCCCUCUGCAGGAGGCCCCAAGCGGCUCGGUCACACGUGGUCAAGGUGGACACGCGGUCUUUCUCCUGGGACGUACUCAAGGGGCGUUUCCAAACUCUGUUGACCCCAUGAUCUUCUUCCACGGCGUCACAUCGACGCUCAAUGUUUUUUUUUUUGCCGUUAAUAAACGUGAUUGGUUGAGAUCUUCAUCGUCCACUUUUAUUUUAAUCACUCGCAUUUUGGAAUACUUGAACUUGAAGUUUUAUUGUGUACUAAAUACUGUGAUGUUGUCGCCACCUGUCCACAAGUGUUUUGGAGUUCAAACCUGCUUCAGAUGCAUCAGAGAUGGCCAGGUAAGACUUCACAACCGAGACGUUCCUUCCUGACGCUGCAUCAUGGGAAAUGUAGUUUUCAACCAUAAAUCUAUCACUGGGCAAACCACGGGGUUCAAAGUAUUACAACAAAUGAGCAUCCAUCCGUCCAACAAUCCAUCCAUCCAUCCAUCCAUCUUCUGCUUAUCUGAGGUGGGGUAGCGGGGGUAGCAGCUAAGCCACCUCGUCCAGCUCCUUCCAGCACAUCCCCCACCCGGAGAUGGCGCUCGCACGUGCUGAUUCUCAUCCCAGUCCAUUCAACCGAUCCAGUUUGAAGGUCUCGUCUUCUCUUUACUUUCCAACCUGCUGCAAAAGCUCACCAUCCCACCCCCCAUCCAUAAAAACAUCGGCCUGAUCCCGGACAUCUCUGAUUAUGAAUCAUUACUUUACUUUGUAGCACCUUCACAAGACCAAUUCCCAUCCUCGCGUCCAUCAUCUUUCUUUUCAUUUCUUUCCUCCACAGCCCACAAACUACCAGGAGCUAUGAACAAACACAAUGUAGACAUGCAUUUUAAUAAAGAAAAUUAAAACACUACCCAUGUUUAAAAAAUACAAUUAAAACACUUAUUUUUAUUUAAAAAUACACCAUGUAAAAAAAAAACAUUUUUAAAAACCAAAAGUUUAAAAAAACAACAGCAAAGGAUGUCAACACAUUUUUUAAUAUUAACGAAAACAUUCAAAAUAUACCAGAAAGACCCGCAAAAGCGAUGUAAACACAAUUUUUAUUUAAAGCUGUAAAAAACAUUCAAAAAAGUAAAAAGAAUAUAAAAACAUUAUGAAAAAUGAUGUAAAAACACAUAAAAGGAUGUAAACAAACAUAAAAAAGAAAAAACAAAUAAAUGAAUGUAAACAAACAAAGUAAAACAAAUAAAAGGAUAUAAACAAACAAAAAAGUAAAAACAAAUAAAAUGAUGUAAACAAACAUAAAAAAGUAAAAACAAAUAAAAUGAUGUAAACAAACAUAAAAAGUAAAAACAAAUGAAUGUAAACAAACAAAGUAAAACAAAAGGAUGUAAACAAACAUAAAAAGUAAAAACAAAUAAAAGGAUGUAAACAAACAUAAAAAAGUAAAAACAAAUAAAAUGAUGUAAACAAACAUAAAAAGUAAAAACAAAUGAAUGUAAACAAACAAAGUAAAACAAAAGGAUGUAAACAAACAUAAAAAGUAAAAACAAAUAAAAGGAUGUAAACAAACAUAAAAAAGUAAAAACAAAUAAAAGGAUGUAAACAAACAUAAAAAGUAAAAACACAAAAGGAUGUAAACAAACAUAAAAAGUAAAGACACAAAAGGAUGUAAAGAAACAUGAAAAAAGUAAAAACAAAAGGAUGAAAACAAACAAAAAAGUAAAAACACACAAAAGGAUGUAAAGAAACACAAAAAAAGUAAAAACAAAUAAAAGGAUGCAAACAAACAAAAAAGUAAAAACAAAUAAAAGGAUGUAAACAAACAUAAAAAAAGUAAAAACAAAUAAAAGGAUGUAAACAAACAUAAAAAAAGUAAAAACAAAUAAAAGGAUGUAAACAAACAUAAAAAAAGUAAAAACAAAUAAAAGGAUGUAAAGAAAAAAAGGUGAAAAAGAAGAUUGAUCGCCGGAGGGUAACUAGAUGUUAAAAGUUUGCUUUUGGAGGAUUUGAAUCUCAUCAAACAUUCCACUUGGCGCCUCAAAGCAGAUUAAAGCGGAAUUACGACUUCAUCACAAAUAAUCCCAGCAGCACGGACACUCGAGUGCGCGGCGACUCGGACGUGUGACCCCGGGGGUCAAUCAACACGGAAGUCAAAAAAGGUGAAGUUAGCACAAAGCCAACCGCGUGAUGAACGACUGACGGAACAAAAAACGCCUGAAGAGUUGAAGAUGGCUGCCAGUACUCAUGCUAAUCAACAUUUAGUUAGCUGCAAUGGCUAACAUGGUUAGCCGAGGUUAGCCAAACGACACAAAGAAUCACGGUAGUUCUUGUUCUACUUGAUCAGUGUGACUGCAGUUAGCGACGGGCGGCUAACAGCAUUAGCUACCAAACAAGUUAGCUUUAGUCCAUUCAUUUAUUCAUUCAUUUUCUACCGCUUUUUCCUCACGAGGGUCGCGGGGGGUGCUGGAGCCUAUCCCAGCUGUCUUCGGGCGAGAGGCGGGGUACACCCUGGACUGGUGGCCAGCCAAUCACAGGGCACAUAUAGACAAACAACCAUUCACACUCACAUUCAUACCUAUGGACAAUUUGGAGUGGCUAAUUAACCUAGCAUGUUUUUGGAAUGUGGGAGGAAACCGGAGUACCCGGAGAAAACCCACGCAUGCACGGGGAGAACAUGCAAACUCCACACAGAGAUGGCCGAGGGCGGGGACCGAACCCUGGUCUCCUAGCUGUGAGGUCUGCGCACUAACCACCAGACCGCCGUGCCGCCCAGCUUUAGUCCAAAGUUUGUAUAUUCACAAUGAAACACCAAAUAACAGUCAUUUGGGUCACGUUUUACUAUUAAAUACCUUUUUAAUUGUGUAUUUGUCCACAUAUUAUUAUUAUUAUUAUUAUUAUUAUUAACGUUUUAACAUUUAUUGUUUCAUUGACGUUUCUGCUUUGCAGGUGUCAAUCAAGAUUGACAUUAAAAAAAACAGUCGAUGGACGUCAGGGUUUUCCACGCAGCUUUGCCGCCCUCUGCCGGUUGUUCUGGAAAGUACACGUCAGCCUCAGUAUGGAGGGACAUGUAAUAAAGAAUAAGAUUGAGCAGUAAGUCCAAACACUCCCUAAGUUAGCGUAGCGACACAAAUGCAAGCGUGCUAAAGGAUAGCCGUCAGAGUAAUACUUUGUGACGUCGUCGUCCCCGUAGCUGAAAAAAAGGACGAAACAGGUUUGAGUUGAUUUGAUCGUAAUUUGUCUUUAGUGUGAACUCUUGCAAGGAUCUAACAGGAUCAUUUUCAACAAAUACAAAGUCUACAAACAGUACAUCCCGUCACCAUGCUACAACAACAUAUUAGCAAGUGUCAUAGCUAAGCUAACUCCCAGCAGGUCCUUGUCUAGAGUCAUUCAGCCUCUUUAGGUCGCCACGGAAACGUCCUGCGAAGACAAGCAGAACAACCAUCAGGCGAUCCGUCACGCCUCAUUGGUCACAUGUCAGCAGUAGAUGCGUGCUGUACCCGAUUGGUCCAGGACAUGCUGAUGAGGGCGGGGUUUUCGUCAACAUAUUCAGACCUGGCAGAUCUGCGUCGUCUCCUCAUCGAAUGACGACCACAACCCUGAGAAAAAGUUCCAAGACAAAGUGAGAUGUUCUCACAGCAUCUGUGAGGCGGAAUCGGACAUGAAGCGGACGUACCGGCUUGCACUUUCCGUUCUGGUUGGGACACAGUUCAGUUUGGCAGUGGAGGUGGAUUUCAUUGCCGCCUUUGACAAAGUGGAACAACUGGAAGCGGAAGUCGCUCGAUGUUCCCUGUCCGUUUUGUCCCACUUUGACCAGACGGCUAGACUUGGAACAUCUGCUCACGAAACAGAAACAUCCGAGUCACGGAAGACUUUAGAACUGGACGCCGUCAGAGCGGCAUUGACGUCAGCUUCUCACCCAUCUGAGAUCAGGUCGUAUCUCAUUCCGUCAUCGGGCGAUGGCCCGUUGGUGGCCCAGCAGGAGUUGGUAAACAAGGCGACCAGGUUGGCGUCCAAGCCCUCCGUUAAAAUCUCCACGUAGAUGCUCUGGUUCAGCUGGAUGGCCAUGUUGUGCUUCACCGGAUGUUUGUGUGCUGAGUCCGUGUAGGCGGUCAUGUUCAGCGUGUAGUUCCAAGACCCCGACACCAUCUGGCGCACCACCGAACUGUAACCCAACAACACAUUUUGUGUGUUGAUGAAUGCGGCCUUCAACCAGCCGGUGGGCUUUCCCUUGUUUGCCUUCAAGGGGCUUACAGGUUUUUUGUCAUUUUGGCCGCUUCUACCUUCCAUCUUGUCCUUUCGGUCACUCCCCAAAAGACAAGUCUCAGGUCCCUCUUCAACGGACUGAUGCAGAGUCUGCUUCACUGAAGACAAUGCAUCAGUUUCACACGUGAAUAAGACCCCGACGUGCUUAAACUCUUGACCUGGAGAUGGCACUCCACUAGGGGUGCUCCAAUCGAUCGGCCACAGAUCGGUAUUGCCCGAUAUCAGUGAAAAAGAACGGUAUCGACAUUGGCCGCCGGGGUUGUGCACACUGAUAUCCAUCCUGUCCUACCUUGCCAAAGUUUUAGAGAAACUAAUUUACAGAGAACUCACUUCAUUGACGCCAAUCGUAUCCUGAGUCAGAACUGGCUACGGAUGCAUCACCGCUACCAUCAAGAUACUUAAUGACAUCUUCACCAUGGACAAUAAACAGGUCCGGAUCUUGCCAAGGUCUUUGAUUCAGUGGAUCACAACAUCCUCCUACGCAGGUUCUCUACUAUCGGCCUGUCUAAGAGUUGUACUAACUGCUUCUACAACCGUGUUCAGAGAAUGAAGUCUGAAAAUGUUGGGUCUGAACCACUUGACACCUUUAAAGGUGUGCCCCACGGUUCCAUCUUAGACCCAAACUUGUUCACCGUCUACAUAAAUGAUGUGGCCAAGUCUAUCGGAUACACUUUUAUGCCGAUGACACCAUCAUCGAUUCAUCGGGCCCUUCGCUUCACUCGACCGUAUCCACUCUUCAACACGGCCUCACUUCCAUUGAAAAGUCUUUAGUCCGUGACCUUCACCUGUGUCUCAAUUCAAAAAAAGUCCAAGUGUCGGUUAUUUGAUCGGAAGCUCAGAACUGGAGCCCGUCAGCUCCCACAAAAACCUGGGUAUCUGGUUCAGCGCUAUGCGUGAAGCCUCUUUUUGUUACGUGCACUUGGUCCCGCUGUCUAGAUCCCGGGGUCACGUCGCAUCACCACCAUCCCGAACCGUAGGUAUGUUUUUACCUCAAUGUUUAUGUUUUUAUUGCAUGUUUACAUUAUGGAUUUCUGUAUAUGCUUUGGUUUUACUUUAUGCCGGGGCCUCUUGCCAGGUCUUCAUUGGAAAUGAGAAUCUGUUCUCAAUUGAUCUUACCAAUCAACACGCCUUCCGUAUGUGAUCGGUAUUGGUAUCGCCUGAUUUCACUCAUGGAUAAUCGGUAUCGGAAGCAUCAAAUCCUGAUCGGAACAUCCCUACACGCCACCCUUUUUUGAGCUGAAGAUCACGGCCCAAUGAAGCCAGGAGGACCACAUCAUCCACAAAAAGCGAAGAUCCAGUCCUCAAGCUAUUAAAGUGGAUCUAGAAAUUCUGUCCAACGCAGCCGCUUCGCUCAGGUUUAGGGAGAAACGCCUUUGGUUUUGUGUCUUGCUCAAAGACAGAGUAGUGGAUGGGAGUCGGGGGGGUCCGGAGGCCCACCCGUACCUCACUGUGCUGUCUCCAUGGUGUUUAUGGUUAUCAACGAUUUGUAAAGAUCACUUUGAUUCAACUCACUUGUCUUGCAUCGCGAAGGUCAUGCUCAUGAGGUCCGGCUGGUUCUGGGAGCAGGACAGCUCCAUCUUGAACGGUUCAGGGACCCCGGAGGCAUUGACCAGCGUGUUCUCGUAGAGCACGUGGCUGGCGUUGGCCUGUACAAGACAGCAGGUCUUGGUGUGAUGCUAGUUAGCGCUCAUGGUAGCGGAGGUGGACGAGCACGCACCGACACCAACAUGCCGCAUGGGUCUUGGCUGCCGAAGCUGACGGUCACCAUGUGGUUGGAAUCGUUCACCAUCCCUUUGCACGAGUCACUGUUGAGGUGCAUUUGCCUGUAGUCCACGCCCUUCUCCUCCAGGAGACAACCCACCAGGGUGACGGAGGCCAAAUUGUCCUCGCAGACUGGGAGCACAUCUGAGCAGCGGGAUUCAAAAGGAUAAGAUGUGUGCGCUAAGACCGGACUUCAGCGCCAUGUUUGAGGCCGGCCGUCGGGCACCCCAGAUGACCUUACCCAAAGUCUGAUUGGAGGCAAAAAUGGCCCGACAGAAACAGCUGACUCCGCCGUUGACACCAUCAGCACAGAACUCAUGACCCACACAGAGAGUGUCCUGACAGAAGGCUUUGGGGCCGGCUGGAAGGCAAACAGGCACAGUAAGCAGAAGAAGCCAUUUAAACAAGACCAGAAAUGCUCAAAGACACAAGUGAGUCGGCCGGUCUUACUGCAGUCGCUGCUCAUUCUCCAAUUGUCCAACUUGUGGUCCUUCAGGCUGCAGGCAUGAACGUAGGCCUCGUAAAACUCACAUUUGAGGCCAUCCACAUCUGGAUAAUGACACAACGUGUGGUUGCAGGCGCGGAUGUACGCGUCUGGGUCGAUGUCAGCAUGACAGCUGCCGAAGCUGGGCUCAUUCAGGAAUUGGCAGCUGCAGUGGAGACGGAAGGAUGAGGUCACAGUCAAGACCAGAGGGGAGCUGCUUGUGUUGUGAAGUAUUUCUGCUCACUUUGUAGUCACAUCCGCGCAGUCGAUGGACAGAUCCGCCGGCUCGCUGUACUGCAUCUCGCAGCUAGGUGGUGACCAAGAGUGGAGGUCGGUUCAUAGAAGCACACAAAGUAGAAACUGAUGAAGCAGCCCUCGGCAGUGACUGCUUAUGUAGUCACCGAGCCUCACCCCUCGGAGCUGUAGUUCGGGGACGUCGCAUCACUUAAAGUCACGCUGGAGUUGGCACACAAACCCUCUGAGGUGUUGCGGGAAGAAGUAAAGUUCUCUGACAGGAAGACCAGCAAUGAAGUUUCAAAACAUGGAUUUCUCAGAUGAAACACAGCACAUGCUACUGCCAUUUUUGUCUUGAUUUGGGUUGUUGACGGCGCUAGUAACAGCAUUAGCAUUUGCAAAUAAUGAUAUUUUUUAUUUGAUCGCCAAAAACUUACCACUUCCACACGGAUAGGGAGGAUAACUAUUAACAGUUAUUUAACCUUUAACAUGAACAUGAAUCAAACGUAAUAAUUUUUUCUGGGUACAUGAUACCAUACAGCAUCCAUAUCAAACUUGCGCGGGCCGCACUAACAUUAAACUUUCAUAUCACGACGGGGGCCUCAAACUACUGUCCCGCGGGCCGCGUGUUUGAGACCCCUGUCUUAUACUUUCUCAAGAGCCUCUCUCUGCACUGCUCUCCAAAAACCUAAAUCGUGGAAUUGAUCAACCGGUCUCUCCACGCAAUUGACACGAUCUUCUCGAGGAGAAAGUGGGGAAAGUGGACGGUCAUGUGCCUGGCGAUUCUUUCCAUGGAGGACAUCGAAGACAUCUACCUAUUCGGGACCAUGAUAACAGGUCUGUUGCUGAUUGGAUUGGGCACUUUCCUGGUGUAUCGCAAAAAAAAUUCGUAUGAUGAUGAAGGCAGCGGAUCGAGUUGGCCCACAGCCGCCCAUCGUGAAUGAUUAGGUGGGCAAAGCCGUUCACAAUCACAACAAGGAUGCCAUCUUGGUGAAGUUGGAUCAAUUGGGAGGCCAGAAUGGACUAUAGGGUGGUCCGGUUUAUUGGAAUGUGGCUUUCCGGAAGUAACCCGAACAAUAUUCUUAAUCUGGAUUUCGGCGUCCCCACCAUGGCUAACCAAGGUCGUGUUGUGAAAAGAACUUCUCCCAAGGGAUUGCUGCAGCGGGACGCUCUGACCUGUUGUUUCUCUUCUCUUGGCCCACCAUGGACUUCUCCAUGGCGACGGAUAUGUAUCGCAAUGACACCCUGCGAACUGAGCUCCAGGUGAGCCGGGGGAAGCGCCGGCCCCUCUUGUCCCUCUUCUUCCCCCCUUCAUCGCCCAAUCAUCCCGUCCUGUCACCCCUUGUCUCAUUGCAUAGUAUGUUGUACAGUAAACCUCGGAUAUAUCGGAUUCAAUUGUUCCCACUGGUUUUGUCCGAUAUAAGCGAAAUCCGUUAUAUGCGUAUACCGGAAAAUGUCCGUUUUACGCAUAUAUCGGAUUUAUAUCCGGUAUCUGCGUAAAUCGGAUUUUAUCCGUUAUAAAAAGGCACUUCCUUGACUAUGUUUCCAAUGUACCUGGACGCGCAGGCAACGCUGCAAAUGACGAUGAUAGCGAAUAGUCACGAUUCGGCGAAUCGGAGCGCCACGAUGCGGCCAUCCGAUAUAUGUGAGGGAAAUUUCAUGGAAAUGCAUUGGAACGGGACUGGAGAUUUUGUCCGAAAUAGGCGUUAUAAAAAAUCCGAUAUAUGCAAUGAAUUUUUAUUGGAAAUGCAUUACAGAAAAAUCGGUUCUUUUUUAUCUGUCCGUUGUGAGCGAAUUUCCGAUAUAUCCGAGUCCGAUAUAUCCGAGGUUUACUGUACGUAUAUGUAUGGACGGAUGAUUGCACUUUUUCGCUUGUACUCCUGUAUAAGUGACUAGAAUAAAGGGCUACAUCAUCAUCAUCAUAUAUACCGGACCAGGUCAUAAAUCAGGAGGACUCAGGAAGCAGACCACCAGUGCCAAACGGCUUUGAACCUUCUGUCCCUUCGGCCCCCCCCAAAUCCAAAAAUGAGACAAACGGUGCACCGGUAGAGAAGUCAAACCUGCUGACGUCCACAAACUGGCCGUGCCGAUCUGGGCGGUGUAGCCAUUAAAGAAGACCGUCAAAGUGUAGUUGGCUCCGUAAGAAAAAACAGCGGUGACACCGGUGUCGUUCUUGCUGUACUCCAUGCCGCCAUGCGUCUCCGUCGAAGCCGUCAAGUUCAGCUCGGUGUCGUUGACCUGCACGGCGGCGGGAAGCCAACGUGAGUCGUUGGAGACUUUCGAUUUUCAUCAUUCAUUCACCUUCACUCGAACUGCCGGUCCCAGUUGAACGACCUCGUCCAAGUCCGUCAGGUGGAUGAUCAUGUGGUCCAAGAACAUGACGUCUUUACGACGGCGUUCCUUGAACACGCCUACGAUCUGCACGCUUGAUUCCGAGAAGAGUGUGUAUGCACAGCGGUCGUCCACCGAGACGGAGUAGUUGGCGUCAAAGGUAACCACGUUGGAGGCGGUCACUGUGCACACGUUGACUUCUCUCACACAGCUGGAAGAGUUGCUGCGGUUAGCGCCACUGUGAUGGCAGGUUGCACAGUGAACACAGAUGGAAAUAUUUACUUGUCAUUUGGCCGGGUAAGUACAUUCUUCUCUGACUCCAAAGAACAAUUUACAAAGGUGCCGUCCGAGUUGCAGCCGGUGCUGUUAGGGAAGUAAUAUUGCCCUGUAAACAACAUAAAGACUAAGUAAGCUAGGGCGCACGCCACGCAGGAGGAGGUUUCAGGUUUGACCAUUGAAAUAGCAGCCGCUGAUUGAAACGUAGACAUCACUUGCGACCGAUGAGGUUUGAUUGAUCGUUUCCCCGUCGAUGGAAAGGAUGAGGUUCUGCACAAGACAUGACAGUCACAAGGGUGUGCUAGCCUAGGCUAUGUUUCCCAACAUUGUGAUGUACUCACCAGUCCACUUCCUUUUGUGUUAGCUCGCAGCGCACCUUGAUCACCGAAUGUGCGGAAGAAAAGGCUAUACUGUGGAGGUGGAAACCAGAGAUCUUCAAUUCAAAUUGAGUAAGGUCCGUGAAUGCAAUGUAUUUCACAACAAAGAUCCAAACCUUAUUUGACCUUUUUUUUGGAUCAAACAGACUAGCUCACAUGAAUAUCAUAUGUAACCAUAUUUAACCAUAUGUCAUGUAACCAUAAUAACUGAAGUAAUUACGCUCAUGCGAGCAUGAUUAUAUGUUAUAUAUAUAUAUAUAUAUAUACAGUAAACCUCGGAUAUAUCGGAUUCAAUUGUUCCCACUGGUUUUGUCCGAUAUAAGCAAAAUCCGUUAUAUGCGUAUACCGGAAAAUGUCCGUUUUACGCAUAUAUCGGAUUUAUAUCCGGUAUAUGCGUAAAUCGGAUUUUAUCCGUUAUAAAAAGGCACUUCCUUGACUAUGUUGACUAUGUUUCCAAUGCAAACGCUGCAAAUGACGUCGUAUAGCGGCCUGUCACGAUUC